AUGUACAACGCAGCUCCUUUUCAUGCCAUGUCAGGAGUUGAGUUGACCGGCUUCUCGCCUACUCGACACCGGCUUGGCGAUACGUUUAGUUCUCACAACCAGUCACCCAUGCGUGACGCCUGGUCUCAUGCUGGUCAGCCAGGACUCAACCUAGGCGCUGAAAUAAAGAGCGAACUAUUCCAGACCAAACAUGAUGAUGCCUCGUCGAUGUACGCCAACCCGGCAUCCUCUGUCCAAAAUCCCUCUCUGGAGCCGUCCUUGUUCCAGGAGUUCAACAACUUGACGUCAAUGUUCCCUCCUGCCCAGGUUGUCAUCCCAUCCCAAGUGAAUCCUCAAGAGGACUAUCACAUGGAGCAAUUCAACGACUACGAUACAAACGAGCGUGUUGUUGAAGAGUUCUCUCGGAGCUUUGACUCUUCAACGACAGGCUAUAGUGGAUGGGAGACCGUGGGCCCUCAGAGCCCCGACGCCGCAUAUUACGUUCCUUCAGAAGAUGAAGACUACCUCAUGGUCAAGGACGAAUUUGAAGGAUCUCCCGGAUCUUUUCAAUACCGCAGUCCACAGCGCGUCAAUCGACGAGCCACAAGGAAGAGUCGGAAGACACUCGGUCCCUCUCACGUGCUGGCUGAGCAUGAUCGCCAUGGUAUCCUCGUUAGCUACGAGGGCACACCAUGGAAGUACGAUUCUGCGGGAAAUGCCAUCGCCAAACACACUGACGGCGCCAAGCCUCAUUUGAGAUGCAAUUGGGUGGAAAAAGAUGGGUCCAAAUGCUCUGCCAAGUUCGUUCGCUCAGAACACCUCAAGCGUCACAUGACGAAGCACUCCAAGGAGAAGCCAUACCCCUGCCCAUUAAACGGCUGCGAAAAGGCUAUCAAGCGUCCAGAUAACGCUGGUGAUCACUUCCGGACUCACCUGAAGCCAGCAGCCAAGGGGAAACGGAACAAGGAGUGCACGCUUGAACAGCUGGCUGCUGCCAUGCACGCGGAUCCCUUGUGGGACGAGAAGAAGACGACGAAGAUGCUGAACAAUCUCUUCAAAUGGUUUCAUGAAUUCACGCAGCAAGGAGAGGAGAAGAAGCGCCUUCAGACUUUCGAUGAAGAGGCCAAAGCACAGGCAAAGCGCAUGCAGCAAUCUCGCCACAUGCAUUUCAAGUUGUGA